CGGAAGAAACCUAUGUGUUAAAUUGUCAUAUUUUUUGCGACCAAAUUUACCAGAAAAAACAAACAAGCUGUUUAGUUAUUUUGCAUCCGGGAGGGAACGUCGUCGUUUCAUCCCAAACCAAAACCCAAACCGCCACACUCUUAUUAUUUUUCCGAUCAUGAUCAACAUAGCAUCAGCCCCUCCAUGACUUCUUUUAAAAAGCAAUUAUUACCGUAACGUAGAAUUUCAAUUCCGCGUUUAGAUAAAUUAGGAUGUCGAAUUUGUACGGCGAUUACAAUCAAAAGAUCGAUUACGUUUUCAAAGUUGUAUUAAUUGGGGACUCUGCUGUCGGCAAAACGCAACUUCUCGCACGAUUUUCAAGGAAUCAAUUCAACGUCGAUUCUAAAGCCACCAUCGGCGUCGAGUUUCAGACCAAAACUCUUAUAAUCGAUAAUAAAACCGUUAAGGCUCAAAUAUGGGACACGGCUGGUCAAGAAAGGUACAGAGCAGUAACUAGUGCGUAUUAUCGCGGAGCAGUUGGAGCAAUGUUAGUUUACGACAUGACAAAGCGUCAGUCAUUUGAUCACAUGGCAAGGUGGUUAGAGGAACUGAGGGGUCAUGCAGACGCCAACAUUGUCAUAAUGCUAAUUGGCAAUAAAUGUGAUUUGGGAACUCUUAGAGCAGUACCAACUGAAGAUGCCCAGGAGUUUGCACAAAGAGAGAAUCUAUUCUUUAUGGAGACAUCAGCACUUGAGUCUACUAAUGUGGAAACUGCCUUUCUGACUAUUCUAACCGAAAUAUACCGACUUAUCAGCAAGAAAACACUCACUGCCAACGAUGACGCAGAUCCUGCUGGUAGUUCAGGGCUUCUGAAAGGAACCAAAAUAAUUGUUCCUAACCAAGAUGUGAAUGCUCUUGAAAAGAAGGGUGGCUGCUGUGGAUAAUCCUAGCUUUUGCGAUUUCCCGUAGUCUUGGGAAACUUAUUUCUCUACAUCUGGGAGAUUUUAGAGAGGGUAGUUUAAUCCCAUCAGCUAAAUGUAGGAUUUAUUUAUUUACAAUACUGUAUUUGUUACUUGAAAACAUAUAGUUUUUUUUUUCUUUCUUUUCUGACCCUUUCUGGUUAUAGGAUUUAAAUUUGUUAAUACAAAUUCAUGGCAGUGAAGGUAUGGUUCAGUUCAGAUAGAGGAAUCGAAAACAGUAUAACUUACUGGAUGCAUUUAUCUUACGGCAACUAGUUAGCAAAACAACGCUAAUGUAAAGUGACAAACAUGUAGUGCAGGUAUUUAAAGUGCAUGUGUGAAGGUGCAAUUAUAUUUCAUUUUAA